CAAUCGUUAUGUCCGGCACCGUAUGCCUUCGAGCGCUACCCACAAAGCCUUCUAAUCGGACAUGCCAUGAAGGUAAUUGCUGUGUCCGGAUUAUCCGAAUGUCUGUCACGAUGCUUAACGGCUACUUCAACGUUGGAUACUCAAUGUCGUUCAUUGAUGUACUUCUAUGAAACUGGCGAAUGUAUUAUUAACCGCGAAAGGCGAACGGACAAACCAGAUUUGUUCAUGGAAGGCAUAGAAGAUCAAUUGGUGGAUUACUUUGAAAACAAUUGCUUGGAUGUUCAAUGUUUCGCUGGUCAGCUACAUUGGGUUAGAACUGAAGAGUAUCGCAUCAGUCAUGAGAAAGACGUAAUCAUAGAAAGUAUGAGUAUGGAAGAGUGCAGAAGCGUAUGUCAGGAGUUCGGUUCUACCAGUAUACACAAAUGCCUCGCUACUUGUCUUGAAGAUGGUACCCAAUGUGCAACUGCUGUGUAUAAUUACGACAAGGAUCUCUGCUCCCUCUCCGAAACGUCUCAAUUCUCAAAUCCUGAAAUGUUUGUCCCAGCUGAGAAUACGGACUAUUUCGAUAAAAUCUGUGAUCCUGCACCCUCUACUAAGCGUAACAGUGUAGAAGGUGUGACAACCAUUCCUCACAAGAAUGCAAUCGACGUAGAUGAGAAUGAUCGUGUGACUUUGCUAAGUCGCGCCGAUGAAGAGGAAGUUUCAAAGGCUGUAGAGUUUAUAAAAACUUCCACACUACCUGCUGAGGAUCGUAAUGAUAUCUCUGACAUCGUGGAUCAGAAAAAGAUCGAAACUGAGGGUACAGUCAUCGACGACAUGGACGAGUUUGAGAAUACGCAGCGUGGUCAUCCAGUUAAAGCUCGACUAAGUUCGGAAUGCCGUAUGUCAGGGAUUAACGUGAAUGUUGAAUUUGCCACUCCCACCUCAGGAUCUAUUUUCAUCAAGGACAUCAAUUUAGAGCUGUAUCUUAGGAUCACUUCGCCACUUGCCGAAUGGAGUUCUUAA